GGCUGCUGGGCCUCCUCCCCGCUGCUGCCUCCGCUGCUUCCCCACCUCCUCCGUCAGGCGGGCGUCUGCGGGGACCCGAGGGGCGGCGGCGGCAGCAGCGGCAGCAGCAGGAGCAAAAGCAGGAACAGCAGCAACAUGGAACUGGGGGCUGGAGACCGAAGCGCUGCUCGCGGCCAAGGAGCCGGGCUCCGGAGCACUCCGCCGCCCCGGGAGCAGGAGCGGAAGCUGGAGCAGGAGAAGCUCUCCGGGGUGGUGAAGAGCGUCCACCGGCGGCUCCGUAAGAAGUACCGUGAAGUGGGAGACUUUGAUAAGAUUUGGCGAGAACACUGUGAAGAUGAGGAAAUGCUUUGUGAAUAUGCUGUUGCAAUGAAAAACUUGGCAGAUAAUCACUGGACAAAAACUUGUGAGGGUGAAGGCCGCAUUGAAUGGUGUUGCAGUGUGUGCAGAGAAUAUUUCCAAAAUGGUGGAAAGAGAAAAGCACUUGAAAAGGAUGAAAAGAGAGCAGUACUCUCCACUAAGACCACACCAGCCUUAAAUAUGCAUGAGUCUUCUAAACUUGAAGGUCAUUUAAACAACCUCAGUUUUACAAACCCUGAACUUAUAACUGAGUUGCUACAAACCUCAGGAAAGAUCAGAUUACUUGAUGUUGGCAGCUGUUUUAACCCAUUUCUUAAGUUUGAAGAAUUUCUAACUGUUGGCAUAGACAUCGUACCUGCUGUAGAGAGUGUAUAUAAAUGUGACUUCCUGAACUUACAACUUCAGCAGCCACUCCAGCUUGCACAGGAUGCUAUAGAUGCUUUCUUGAAGCAACUGAAAAAUCCCAUUGAUUCUCUUCCUGGAGAACUUUUCCAUGUAGUUGUUUUCUCUCUCCUUCUUUCUUAUUUUCCAUCACCUUACCAACGAUGGAUUUGCUGCAAGAAAGCCCAUGAACUACUAGUGUUAAAUGGUUUAUUGCUUAUCAUCACACCUGAUUCCUCACAUCAGAAUCGUCAUGCUAUGAUGAUGAAAAGCUGGAAGAUUGCUAUAGAGUCCCUGGGCUUUAAACGCUUCAAAUAUUCAAAAUUUUCACAUAUGCACCUAAUGGCAUUUAGAAAAAUCUCCCUAAAAACUACAAGUGACUUGGUUAGUAGAAACUACCCAGGAAUGUUAUAUAUUCCUCAAGAUUUCAACAGUAUAGAAGAUGAGGAAUAUUCUAACCCCUCCUGCUAUGUUCGAUCAGAUAUAGAAGAUGAACAACUAGCAUAUGGUUUCACAGAGCUCCCUGAUGCUCCAUAUGACUCAGAUUCUGGAGAAAGUCAAGCCAGUUCUAUUCCUUUUUAUGAGUUAGAAGAUCCCAUUUUACUUUUAAGUUAAUAUGAAAGCAAACGUCUUUCCAGGCCAUACUCCCAAACUAAUUGCUUAUACUAAUCAGAAAUACUAACAUGAACUCAGUACUUAGCCUGGUUUGCAUAGAAGAAAUGCAAGGGUUUACAGAGUUUGCUAUUUUUUUCUACUUCUGGAUCUUAAAAUUUAUUCUUAUAUAGAAAGCUUAAUGUUCCCUGCAGAGUGAUAUCUGUCAUAGCAGAAACCACUGUUAUUGUAGCAUUUAGCACUAAAAUAUAGAAAGGUACCUUUAUCUCUUUAGUGGUACUGUGAAAAAAAGCAUAGUUUGCUAUAUAUUUUCCCUUUUUUUUUUCUUCUUUUCAAUGUUGACUUUAAACCAUUGCAAUGAGAAACCAUGAUAUAUGUAGAAAGCUAUAGAUUGCACUUUGAUGAUUCACAAGUUAUUGUGACACAGAAAUAGAUUGGUUUAGUUGUUUUGUGAUGCACUUAUUCUUUUUUCUAACUAAAUUGUUACCUGUUACAGAAAAAUAUUUUCUGUUCAACUUUGAUGAUCCAACAUUUCCUGAAUUUUUCAGGAUUGAUAUUUUUUUUCUUCUUUCUUGUUCAUUUGUCAGCAUCAGACAUUUGGGGAGAUGUUUCCCAAAAAAUAUGUAUUCUGACUUCAUUAGCACAGUAUAAUCACCAUUGCCAAAGAAUUUUCAUAUCUUUAUUCUUGAUCUGGGCCUUGGUGUUAAGCAUAUUAACUAUGAGAGCUCACUUUCUUUUUAACUUUAGGUUUAAUUUACAUAACUAUUUAAGUAAGGAAUAAUAUACUGAAUACUGACCUACAACACCUUUAUGAAAGGGUUUGCACUUGUAAGAGAGCUUAUGCUCUAUCUAGACCAACUUUGAUGAGGUCCACGCCUUUCUGUCAAGGAGGUGCUGCACUACAAGUCUGAAACUAGAAAUUUUUUUUAAUUAACCCUCUGCUGAUAUUCAUAUAACAUGGCUUUGACCUUUUGGUAUUCUAAUUUUUAUCUGAAUCCAGGCGGAAAACUUUUUUUGACUAUAUAAACCAUUAGUUGGCUGUGGGAAUUUUCCCUUUCCACAUUGAUAAAUGCCUUUCUGUGUUUCUGAAUCAGAAGCAAAUGACUAAGGAGAAAUACUUGUCCAAACAAGACAAGAUAAGUUUAAAUAGCAAAGAACUUUUAGUCCACUUUGUCUUGUCAGCCAGCAACUGUCAUGUAAACUAUCAUUUUUAAGAGUGCCACUGUGUGGAUUUUUUUUCAAGUGGUUAUUACAUUAAAAUUACCUCAUACUGAGGUUUUUGCACUGAAAUAUCACAGUUUCAGAAUUCAUGGUUAAUGUUGUGUGUGUGCGUGUGUUUUUUAAGAAAACUUGCAUUUUCAAUAGUUGAUCCUAAAUUUCAUAAGCUGCAUUUCUUUACUCUGGUAAAAAUUGAUGUUUUUGUGCUUAUUGUGAAUUGUUGUAAUUGACUUACAUGUCAAUCUUUAUUUUUAAAAAAAGUUACUUAGAAAUACAGAAUUUACCCCUGAGAUAUAAAUGGUUGAUUGUGUGUACCCAGUAUUUCAAGUUAAAUUUCACAUUCAAAAUUAAAUAACAAAUUGUAAUUAAAACCCGUUGACUAAAUGCAGUUAGUAUGCCAGAUGUAACUUGAAUUUUUUCAUUUACUUUCAAUAGUAUUAAAUUGCUUAAUAAUUAAGAUUGACUUUUUUUUACAAGUAAAUACUAUAAGUCACAUCUUAUGGAUAUAACCCCCCCCCAAAAUAAUAAAAUUUGUUCAGGAUAACACAAAGUUUUGUUUGGUGGUGUCUGUACUUCUCCUAUUGUUUUCUUUGGGUUAGCUAAAUGCUGUCUUUCUUAAGAAUAAAUAAAACUAUAUACCAAACAAAAUUGCUUUGAAAGUAAAUGAAAAUCGUGCUUUUGAGAGAAUGAUGUAAGAAUCUUGGAGUCAGCCUUUGUGAUACAACUAAAAUGUUGGUGCUAUAAAUUCUUCUGAAUGUUUACAGAUGUUGAAUCUGCAUUUGUUCCAGAGUGUGCAUGAUGUAUUUUAAGUAGUACUUAUAAACAAACACUUCUUUAUAAAACCUACUCCCACUUAGUAUACAUUUGUUUUGAUUUAUAAGUACCAUUUUGUUACUGUAAAUUCAGCUUAUUCAAAUUAGGUUGGCACAGAUUUAAACUAAUGCAUAGUCCACCAAAGCCAAUUUAGUGUGUAAGUGUUAAAAUAUAAGUAGUCAUAUGGCUUGGUGCCAGAUUAUAUAUAUAUAUAUAUAUGUAUAUAUAUACACAUAUAUAUGUAUAUAUAUAUAUAUAUAUAUAUAUAUAUAAUAGAAAUUAAUAGAGCCUUCUAAUACUGUAUGGGUACUCUUGAGAAUUAUUUUAUAUGAAUAUAAAGAAGUGAAGAGGCCUCCUGUCACAUUUACAACUGGAUUCUCCAAAAUAAUUUGGUGUUUAAAAAAAAAAAAAUUAUUUGGUCGGAUUCUUGAGGAUCAUGACUAGACCAAGUGGUUUGUAUUGUAGUUGCCAAGAGGUGAGAGAUGACAUACCUGAAAAUGUAUGUUUGUGUUUGUUGUAUUUUUUCACAUUUUGUGAACAAAGCACAUUUAUUAAAAAUUUUACAUUUUCUAAUA